GCGGAGGGGGGCGCUGUUGAGCAUAUAUUUUGUUUCAGUCCCGUUUCCCUCCAUGGUUUCCCCUUCUCUCCGACUAACUUAGCGUUCGGCUCACUUCAUUACACAGCCCUAUAUUCUCCCUCCAUAAGGGGCAUCUCUGCCGUUUUGGACUGAAGAUCCCAGCAGAACCCGAGAGAGAGGAAAAAGUUUCACUUCCACAGGGGGAAAAGAUGGACAUGAAAAAGAGGAUCCACUUGGAGCUAAGAAACAGGACACCGUCUGAUGUACGAGAACUCGUCCUCGAUAAUUGUCGGUCGGUUGAAGGGAAAAUCGAAGGCCUCACAGCUGAGUUCGUCAACCUCGAAUUCCUCAGUUUGAUAAAUGUCGGCCUAAUCUCAGUGUCCAACCUGCCUAAACUAGCGAAACUGAAAAAGCUGGAGUUGAGUGACAACAGAAUCAGUGGCGGCCUCGACGUUUUAGCAGAGAAACUCCCCAACCUCACACAUCUAAACCUGAGCGGAAACAAAUUGAAAGACAUCAGCACGUUGGAACCGUUGAAAAAGCUGGAAAACCUGAAGAGUUUGGACCUGUUCAACUGUGAAGUAACGAACCUGAACGACUACAGAGAGAGCGUCUUCAAGCUGCUGCCUCAGCUCACCUACCUGGAUGGCUACGACAUGGAGGACAGGGAAGCCUCCGACUCUGAUGGAGAGGUGGACGGAGACGGCGUGGAUGAUGACGAGGACGAAGAGGGAGAGGAGGAGGAAGACGAAGAUGGGGAGGAGGAAGACUUUGACGAGGAGGAUGAUGAUGAGGAAGAUGAAGAGGAAGUAGAAGGAGAAGAGGAUGACGAGGAAGUUAGUGGUGAAGAGGAGGACGACGAGUUCGGUCAGGAUGGAGAGGUGGAGGAUGAGGAUGAAGAUGAGGAUGAAGACGAAGAGGAAGCAGAAGCCGGGAAAGGCCAGAAGAGAAAGCGAGAUGCGGAGGACGAAGACGACGAUGAGGAUGACGAAGACGACGAUUAAACUGAAAACGAGAGCCUACCGAGUUUUUCCCUCUUUGACCCCCUCACAAACCCGAACGUCCACCCUCCAACAACUCGCACCGCCUUUUUAAACCGUGUCAACUUGCCCUUCCUGUUCCUCCCCCCAGCACUGCGCUCUUUUUACGAGCAGGACUGUACCGACGGGUGGGCCGAGUGGAGCUGCCCCCUUCCACAAUCCCCAUCUUUAAUUUUUUUUUCUUCUUCUCCUUCCUCCCACACCAAGGAACUGAGAGCCACCUAACGCCCCCACUUCGCUCCCACCCGCAACCCUAGAGUUUCUCAGGCAGCCGACCACUCAGCAUUCCACAUUUCCACUGUCCAUCCCUCUUUAUGUAUUCCCGUGUGAGGACUUUGGGACUGGUAUCUAGUUUUGGGUCUGUGUUUUUAAUAUUUUGUUGGAUUAAUUUUUUUCCUUCUAUUUUUUUUUGUUGUUGUUGGGUUUAUUAUUUCCCUAUUUUUUUUCUGUUAUUUUUUCCCAAUAAAAUUAUUGCUAUAGCAGCUGUGCAACCAGCAGGCCAUGGUUUUUAGUGUGGCGGCCUGUUGCACAAAUCAAGGUUGUAGCUACAUUUUUACUUUCUGUAUGACAAAAAAACAACUUUGUAAAUAAAAUGUUAACAUUUU